AUGAAUUUUCUUCAAUUAAUAUCGUUUGCAAAUAUACAUCAUAGUGAUGAAAAUCUUGAUUCUAUUAUAGAAAUACAAGGUCUUAAUGGAGCAUUUCCAAGAACUUUUAUAAUAACAACAAUGAAACGAGAAACCAUACCAUCAGAAAGUAAAAUAUGUGGAGAUAAACAUCGUAAAACAAUAAAACAAGAUGGUAAAAUAAUUCGAGAAUAUGGAAAUGCAACAAUAAAUGAAUUAGAUCAAGUUUAUUCAUCGUCGACUGAUAGUAAUGAUCAAGCAAUUAUUGGCGAGACGCUACUUUAUGGUUCGCAAGCUACAAUUUAUGCAACUUUUGGUUCACGAACACCUUAG